CUCUAACUUUAACCAAAAGCGCGCGCCUUCUUCGGGCCAGAACGAAACUUGCGGCGGCGGUCCUCGGUCUCCCUCGCUCUAUAAGCACGUCCGAGCGUGUAGCACCCGCAGUCCAAGCAGUAGAAUCCCAAGAUUUUAAGAACUCGCCUACCCCAGAGACAUUGCUGCUCAAAUUACUCCCGACGCCGUUUCUCGACGCUCAAGUACCGAAAUGGAGCAAUCAAUUCCGGACAAUAGUACCGUAACCGUUAGUAAUAGUAGCCCCCCACCUGCCAUGGUAGAGCAGACCAGCCCAGACAGCCCCAGCAGCGGAGGAGGCAGUCCCAGCGCCACAGGCAACCGAAACCGUAGCGUGAGCAUGAAUAUGCACUCAAACGCACCGCCCAGCAAGAAACAGCGGGCUUCAGACGACGAAUAUGAACAAGCAACGCCCCCUCCAGCCCCUGCACCAGGUUCAACGUCUCCGUACUCAGCUGCAGAUGCAGUGGACGCAGCUUCAGCAAUUACUGAAUCGCGAGACCAAGUGAGCGACGAGACGGACGCGCCGGACGUUGAAGAGGACCAAGUGGACGACUCCGGUUCAGGUUCAGCUGUGCCGACACCUGUGCCGCCAUUCGGGGACGACGACGAUUCAUCCUCCGAAGAAAGCGACGUCAAUGAAGAGGCCUUUAUGAAUUGGCUAAUGGACCAGAAGACCGCUGGGAUGCCUGCCGGGCAGAUGCUGGAUGCUCUGGGCUUGGGUGUGUCGGACGGAGUGGCGGUGGAUGAUGAUGAACUGUGGGAAGCCAUGUUCUCCAUGGGCAUUCGACUUAUCAAGCCAGCAGCUACGAGACCACGAGAGAAGUUGGAUAGUGUCAACACGCUUCAAGAUGUGGCAUCGUUGCUGCGCUCGAGCAAGAAGAUUGUGGUGCUGGCUGGAGCAGGUAUCUCAGUGUCCUGCGGUAUCCCUGACUUUCGAUCCGAGAAUGGCAUUUACAGUCGCCUUGGUGAGUACAACCUUCCAAACCCGCAGUGCAUGUUCGACAUCGAGUUCUUUCGAUCCAACCCGAAGCCGUUUUUCGCGUUUGCAAAAGAAUUAUUUCCCAAAUCCAGCGGGUUCACGUUUGUACCAUCUCCCAGUCACUAUUUCCUAAAGCUGCUGGAGGAGAAGGGCAAGCUACUUCGAAUUUACAGCCAGAACAUUGACAUGCUGGAACACGCAGCGGGUAUUUCUCACGAGCACGCUGUGCUUUGUCACGGUUCCUUCGCGACGGCAACGUGCUUAGCUUGCAAACGGACGUACCCGAACGACGCGAUCCGCGAGGACGUGCUGAAUCAGCGGGUGCCUAUGUGUCAGUCUUGUAAUUCGCCGGAUGGAAUCGUCAAACCUGACAUCGUGUUCUUCGGUGAGUCUUUGCCAAGGAGAUUUCAUGACUCUGUCAAGAGUGACGAAGGCGAAGCGGACCUGGUUCUCGUCAUGGGAUCGUCGCUCAAGGUGAACCCUGUGCGCAGCAUCGUCGGUCGCUUCAAGAAGGAUACGCCCAUGAUCCUAAUCAACAGAGAACCAGUGGGUCGCCCACACAAGUUUGACGUAGAGCUGUUAGGAUAUUCAGACGAGAUUGUGCAGGAGCUGUGUCGACUGCUUGGAUGGGAGAUCCCGCAGCCUGAUCCCGUUCUGCUGGGCCAAUCCAAUCUCCCUCCACCCCCUGUUGUACCUACAAGCAGCCUCGCACCGCUGUCGUUCGAGUUUGUUUCCCCGUCAAGGCAUUUGUUCAACGGUUCCAAGUCAACAUACUGCAGUUCCAGCGACGACGAAAGCAGCAGUUCAUCCAGCGAGGAAGGAACAGGCGAGGAAGGAGCCAUUGAUGCAGAUGCAGCAGUGGCUGUAGCAAUGGAUGCAGAUGACGAGAAGAAAGCACCGCCUACCGACGAAUUUCCAAAGGACGACCAAGACGAACUGAUGGGAAGUGGCAACGAGUUGCUAGGGGCCUCAAGCUUUGACGACAAUUGAACUAUUGAUCGAUAUUGAGCCUCAGCACUACUCAAGCCAAGUCGCUAUCCGGCGCUUUCAUCGAACCCAGCCGGCUAGACAUGCUUCCCUUGUCAUGUCCAACGUAUCCCAAGGCUGAAGACGGCUUUGGUGCCAGCCCACAUCUUCUCCUGUUGCCUAAAUUCCUGCUGGAUAUCUGUUGAUAAGCCAUACUUCAAGAAUCCCUGAGCAACAAAGCAAUACUUAUGAGCUCAACCGGGAUCAAGUAACAUGUUCGUCUGCUUGGCGAGCCUAUUUGUAAGUAGAUAUGCGUCUUGCAUUAUUGCAUCUAUCCGAAACCACAGAGUUCCGUACCAACAGUUUCUAUCCGCUAUUGCGUGCUGCUUGUCAGGUCUCCUUGCUGCAAGAUUUCUAGACUUCGGCUUGGACGAGCACAGGGCGGACCAUUCGACCUUGUGGAGUUCGAAGCAUGGCAAGGGCGUAAUGGCCCUUCUUCCCGAACUUCUGACCCUGGCUAGCAAGGAAGAGUUGCUGAAGUGGUUCGCAAGCGAUGAAGCCGACAGCGCGGAAAGCGCCCUUGGGCCGGUCGUAGAUCGCUGACGUCACGUAGCCGAUCAGAGAUCGCUAGCAAUACGUGAACAAAUGAGCAAAUGUUAGCCUCUUGUUGCUGUGCAACUGACCAAAAGGGUUGUCUUUACCUCGUUAGUCUUGGACAUCCCAGCCUUGUUCUUCUUGCUCAGAACAACAUCGUAGCCGUUCCAGUUCUUGUCAUUGAGAAAAUGUUCCAUGUCGUCGGCUGAAGGUGUGAAGAGCUGAUCCCAG